AUGAAGACAUCGGUGUUGUACCUUUUCGCUCUGUGCGUCGCCACGACGGCGGGUUCCACACCGACACCGACGACCACGUCGACACCGACGACGCCAACCGCGCUCGAGUUUGAGCUGUUUGCGGCAACACCAGCGCCGACAACCCCCAAGCCACAGGUGGCAGCACCAAUGGCGCCCAAGCCACUGGCACCGGCACCGACACCAGCACCGACACCGACACCGAAACCAAUGUCGUUGUUGCUUGUUGGUGCGCAAACCGAUGGCUCCAAGGCCUCCUCGCCGGGUAUCACGGUCUACGAUGCGAGUAAAUCGCCGCUCCAGCAGCUUUUCUCCGUCUCGAGCACGCUGACGGGCAACAUGCCCACGUACAUGGCGCUCACGCAAGAUAAGAACUACUUGUACGUCACGAACGAGGUCACAGCCGGACAGAUUGUUUCGUUUGCGAUCGACCGCAGCGGCGCGUCACCAACGCUCAAGCGCCUUGGCGCGAUGGCGACUAACUCGCAGGGUCCCGUGCACAUCGCUGUGACAUCGAAUCAACGCUUUGCGCUCGUUGCGAGCUACACGGUCGGUAGCAUUACGGUGCUGGCGAUCGAUCCUGCAACCAAGGUGGCCAACCGCAUUGUGAGCCAGGUGGUCUUUCCCGGCGCCGCGCGCGUCGUGCCGGGGCGUCAAGAUAGCUCGCACGCGCACUGCGUCACGCUGAGCCCCGACAACAAUUAUGCGUUUGUCACGGACCUCGGCAACGACAAGAUCAUGCAGUUCAAGUUUAACCCGACGACGGGCGCGCUCACCGCCAACUCGCCAGCGUUUGUAACUGUCAGCCCGGGCGCGCUGCCACGUCAUAUGGCGUUCCACCCCAACAACCAGCAGCUCUACUUGGUGACCGAGCGCAGCAACCAAGUGCUUCGCUUCAGCUAUGCGUCCACGUCGGGGCUCCUGACCUUGGCGAAAGCCGUCAAGACGACGCAGGUCGCGGGUGUUCUCACGGGUGCGAUUCGCAUCACGGCCGACGGCCGCUACGUCCUCGUUACGAACCGGUACGGCGGGUCGACACCGGGCGACAGCAUCGCCGUGUUUGACGCCGACCUCAAACCGAUCGGUGACUACGUUCUAAAAGCUUGGGCGGGCGCGCGGGACUUUGCCCUUGGCGCCAACAACACGGUGAUCGUCGGCGAGGAGAACACCAACACGUUCGAGACGUUCCUGCUCCAAGCCAACGGCCAGCUCGUGCCCACCAAGGUGGUGCAGCCAUCGCUCUUCAAGCCCCAAGUGCUUCUUCCGUUGUCCUAAACGUAAACAGCUGCAACACGAGACAGUAUUUCCUUAAUUCAAGCGAGGACCUCC